AUGGUAGAGAGGUACAUGGUCAUGGACCAUGUUACUACUGGGCUAGACCCAGAAACCUGGGUCAGAUCCAAAGAUGUUGUGAUCUCACCUGAGAGUGGCAUCAAGUUCUUCUUUUCAUCCCAGAAAUUGAUGACUCGGUUCAAAAGUUUUCCCUUCUCGUCCCCUAUCUUGGUGGAGGCUUCUGUACUGGUUCGCCAUUUGACAUUAAAGAUGAGCUUGAUGCUCGUUUCGAGACAUCGGUUAGUCGUGAGUGGGGGUAGAAAAGUGAAAUUUUAUGAGAGGGAAGGAGAAGACCAUUGCUUUCGUUUGUUCAAAACAGAUGGCAAGAAGCAGGCGCUAAUGAAGAAGUUUGUUCCCCACGAAGAGUGCUUCGGUGGUAAAAAUUUUGAACUUUCAAUAAAAACCCGAGUCCAUCUCUCUAAUAUCCGACAAGCAAACAAAGCCCUUCAUCCUAUUCGACCUGAGCAAAUCGAAUGCAAAAUAAAUGAAGAUUAUAGGCACUUCAUAUCAGGCGAGGGGACAAAGAAAAACUCGCCUCCACCUCCGUUCAUGUUCAUCGCACCUAUGUGCAAUAAAAGGGAUUUAGAGGAGAGUGUGAUGUUUAUGAAGUCUCUUCUGGCCAUUUCAGAUUUCAGGGAAGUGAUGGAAAGCAUGGCAAUAGACAUGAGAGAUUUUAUGUUACUUGCGAAAUAA